GGUGACAGGCUGAAAGGGUUGAUCCGGCAGUGACAGGGUCUCCUGGGUUUCUUCUCGCGAUCUUUCCUCCCCCUCCCCCUCCUCCUCAUUCUCGGUCCUCCAUCUCUCCGGUCAUGUCGGCUCUCCGCAGCCUCCUCCGGGUUCUCGCCUCCUCCCGGGGCUCCCUGCUGGUGUCCGGGGCGGCCGGGGCAGGCCUGGCUCUGGCGUGUUAUGGCGCCUAUCGGGACGGGAGGGGAGCGCGACACUAUCGCGACAUAUUGCAGCAUGGCGCCUGGCCUCGGAGGGGGAUCCUGGUACCGGUCAGCGCUGCCAAGGAAGCGAGCCCAGCAGACAGACAAGACCUCGAAGAUCUAGACAUGUUUGCCAGCUCCAGAGAACAACGCUUCCGUGUAUUUGCCUCUUUAGAAUAUGAAGGACAGUUAUAUAUGACUCCAAGAGAUUUUCUAGAAUCGGUUACUACAGAUGAACCACGGAAUUCUAAGAAGUGGAGAACACUUUCAAGACAAGACUUGAAUAAUUUGCUGCUGGACACUCCACCAGUAUGGAAGGGAUCAUCUAAGUUUUUCAGGACAAUUGGAGAUAAAGGAAUGUUAUCAUAUACCGAGUAUCUCUUCCUCCUCUGCAUACUAACAAAACCUCAUGCGGGUUUCAAGAUUGCAUUUAAUAUGUUUGACACAGAUGGAAAUCAGAUGGUGGACAGAGAAGAAUUUUUGGUGUUACAAGAAAUUUUCCGAAAGAAAAAUGAAAAGAAGGAGCGUAAAGGACAAGAAGAGAAGUGUGCACAAUUGCGUCUACAACUUUAUGGAUACCUUGCAACAACUAACGGUGUACAUAGAACAGAUGUAGAAGACGAAAAUGUCUCCAGGAGCUAUUGGGAUACACUGAGACGUAAUACAAGCCAAGCCCUCUUUUCGGACCUUGCAGAGGGCAUGGAUGAACUCUCAAGUACAAUGAUUCAUACCACACUGCUUGUGCACUUUUUUGGGAAGAAAGGAAAAAUUGAGCUCAACUUUGAAGAUUUUUACAGAUUCAUGGAUAACCUUCAGACUGAAGUACUUGAGAUCGAGUUCUUGUCCUAUUCUAAAGGCAUGAACACCAUUAGUGAAGAAGACUUUGCCCACAUUCUCUUACGCUACACAAAUGUGGAAAACACAUCAAGUUACUUGGAGAAUGUACGUGUACGAUUACCGGAAGAAAAGGGAAUCUCGUUUGAUGACUUUAGAUCCUUCUUCCAGUUUCUCAACAAUCUAGAAGAUUUUGCCAUUGCAAUGCAAAUGUACAACUUUGCAAAUCGAUCAAUUGGCCAAGAUGAGUUCAAGCGUGCCGUAUAUGUAGCUACAGGCCUGAAGCUGUCUCCGCACUUGGUGAACACUGUGUUUAAGAUCUUUGAUGUUGACAGAGAUGAUCAAUUAAGCUAUAAAGAAUUUAUUGGCAUUAUGAAAGACCGUCUGCACCGAGGGUUCAGGGGGAAGUCAAAGCACGGAAUGAAGGACUACUAUACGUGUGUGACAUCCGUCACCAGGCAACACUUCCGAGAGCUAUUCCGGAGUUUUCGGAACAGGGAUAUGCUGAGAUAAAAUGGCUGUUACAAUAUAUUUUUUUUUUAUCUAUACUGCGUGGAAGGCAUGAUCACAAUGUAGCACCUCUUAUCAUUUUACUCCUAUAGUAUUUAUUGAUUCAUUUUUGUGCACUGAUUCUUUUACAAGCUUGAUUUUUAAAACACACACAAGUGUCUCUAUAUAUUUUAACAUAUUUAUAUUAAGUUAAAAGACUAUUCACAGAUAUUUUAUUUUAGCAUGUGUUAUGCACCUUAAUGUAAUUCUUCCAAGACAACGGAAAAGUUGCAGCGAGCCUUCAUUUUAAUUGAGUUUUGUCUUAUUUGUCUAUUUGUUGUAUAAUAUAAAGGUACUUUUAAACAUGCGUAGCUUGAUACCUGGUUCAGGCUAGACUAGAGCAAUGAUAAGCAUCCAUUUAUUUCUGUUGAAUUGAAUAAAAGAUCCCUCAAGGUUUUUUUAGCAGCAAAAUUUGUGUUUGAAAUUAGAAGCAAUAAAUUUACGUAAAAGUUUA